CUCCCCGGUUCUUGUUGAAUUGAAGAAUUUAACUCGCAGCCAUCAUCUCCUUUCGGUGUGCGGCAGAGGCGACGAUGCGGGUACCAAGCAUCGUUAGAGUAGCCUCAUAGGUACGAUCUUCGUUUUUUUUUUUUUUUUCCAAAUCAAGAAGACGAAUGCGGGUUCAUCCCAAACCGCUGAUGCAAACACCACAGCGGACUAGCUGCUUUUUUUUUAUUCCAAGCGCAUCCGCAGCUUCUCUGCGUGGUGCAAGGUGUCUUUGAAAGGGAGACGGACCUCUAGGAGAAAUCAGAGGGAAGCUCUGCCUCACGCAAGUCGAAAUGGUGGUGGACAAACAUUGGCUGAAGCGUGGUCCCAAUCAGGUAGUUCCUCUAUUCCUAUAGUGUCGGGUAUGAACGGUGAUGAGGAUGUUCACAAAUAGAUUCAGACAGGCUGAGCAUUGUCCUCCAAGCAGUCUCCAACAGACAGAACUUUACAGUAGCUGGAGAAAGAUCUUUAUUUCAGAUGCGACUCUGAGAAUCAGCCGUCAUCUUCUUCUUCUGCCAUCAAACGUAAGACAGAAGGAGGCAGCAAGACGACCUGCUGAUUCAAGAUCAGCCAAACCUCAUUAUAGGACCUGUUUUAUUCUCCCAAAGAGCAUAAAAGCAUCUCUAACUGCAGACCAUCAGAUUUGUUAAAAGAGCACAUAUUCAUAAAGGACUUUGUGUGGAUCUCAGCAUGCUGCCAACAGGACAGAGCAUGUCAUCUGGAACAUUUCACAAAAUCCUCCGACCGCUUCUGUUCAGCAUUUUUAUUCUUGGAUGUUUUGUAACUGUCUUUUUGAUGUAUUUUAAGCCAUCCACCAGCUGGUUAAAUGGUCCAUUAGAGUCAUCUGAUUCCACAAACCAUAUCAAGCAUGUCUUUGCAAAGAGUGACAAAAACGUGACCACCGUUCUUGUCUGGCUGUGGCCCUUUGGACAAACCUAUGAAAUGAACAUCUGCAGCUCCACCUUUAACAUCGAGGGCUGCUUCAUCACAGCGGACAAAAACUUCUACAACAAAUCAGAUGGGAUUGUCAUCCAUCACAGAGACAUUGCUGGGGACCUGUCCAACUUACCGACAUCACAGCGGCCCCCGUUCCAGAAAUGGAUUUGGAUGAACUUGGAGUCGCCUUCGCAUUCAGCCCAGUUGGCUGGGAUUAAUAAUUUGUUCAAUCUGACUCUCAAUUACCGUCAGGAUUCUGACAUCCAAGUGCCUUAUGGGUCUAUUGUAGCAGCAGAGACUGUGGAGGACUUUGUACCACCAAGCAAAAAUAAACUGGUCUGCUGGAUUGUCAGCAACUGGAAUCCUGAGCACGUGAGGGUAAAAUAUUACAAUGAGUUGUACAAACACAUUGAGGUUCAUGCAUAUGGACAUGCAUUUGGGGAGUAUAUUGCUGACAAAGAUUACAUCCCUACUAUGGCCAGCUGUAAGUUCUAUUUGUCCUUUGAGAACUCAAUCCACAAGGACUACAUCACUGAAAAACUGUACAUCCCCCUCUCUAUAGGUACGGUGCCAGUGGUUCUUGGCACAAGCAGGCAGAACUACGAGAACUUUGUUCAAGGAGACGCUUUUAUCCAUGUGGAUGAUUUCAACUCGCCCAAAGACCUGGCCGAGUACCUGCUUCUUCUGGACAAGAACCAAGAACUGUACCUCGAAUAUUUUAAGUGGAGACGGCACUUUAAAGUAAACAGAGCCCAUUUCUGGGCAGAGCACACAUGCCAGGCUUGUGAUUACCUAAGACGGCACAAAGAAUACAGGGCAUUCAAUAACCUUAACAAGUGGUACUGGGGGUGAUAAUGCUUAGAUGGACUAUGCAGCACUCAUCACCCCUUAAUAAGGUGGCAACCAGCACACAGACAAAGUAGUUACUUGUUGAGACAAACAUUAAGGUGAACAUUUAGAUGUAAUAUUUAAUUGAAGCAUUGCAGAAAAGACAUCUCAUUUGUGAUAGUGAAGAAGUCACCUAUGCAGAGCACUGAAGUCAAAUGUGAAGGUAGUUUAACACUGUCAAGCAUCAUUUUGAAAAUCUGUAGCUGUCUUUAAACAUAUUUUUGUAAGUUUACAUUUGCACUGCGAAUCCAACAGGAGCUUCUCUACAUUUUGUAAAGAAAUAUUGAUGAUCAUUGUAAUUAUUACUGACUGAGGGCAUAUUAAAAAGAGCUGUGUCUCUUUAGUUGGUACCUAAAAAAACUGUAUUUUCCAAGUCUUGACAAGUAUGAAUAAAGAAAAUAGGAGCAUGGAGUAUCUUUCCUUCCUCUAUUUUAUCCCUUUUAUUCUUUCUCUCUUAAAUCCCUUGUUUCAUUCCCUCCAUUUCUCUCAUUUGCUUCAGUCUUUUUUUUUCUACCUGUUUUUUUAGGUCCUAUCCUUCCUUCCUCCCUCUUGCCCUUCCUUCUAUCAUUCCUACAUUAUGCCCUUUCUCCUUUCCUUCUGUUAUUCCAUUCUUUCAUCCCUUGUGUCCUACCCUUCCUUCCAUCCAGAGUAGCAAACCGUGGCUCAUCUACCAAGGCCCUCUGACCAUCUCCUCUUAUAUGUAAUUCCAAAUACUCAAAGGCAAAGAAAACUGAACAUUAAUGAAACCACUGCACUCAGGAAUCAUUUUGUCCCAAACAAAAUAGUAAAUAAUUUCCCAAGAAUGAAUGGUAACGUUAAUGAAUGAGCAUAUUAAUUACUUUCCAAAACAAAUGUGACAUAAACUCCUAGACAGCUUUGCAGAGGCCAGCUUAUAAAUGGCAUGAUGGCUGAGUUAAUCAUCGAACUGAUGAUGUCAUGACAUGUCUUCAUUUUGUGUAUUUAAAAUAUUUUUGUCACAUCACUGUAUUCCUGUACUUAUGAGUAUCUCCGUUAGCCUCUCUGUCAUCCAGUUUUGUCACAGCUAGUGUAAAUCCAGCUGUUCCCUGUAAGAACCAGGCCAACAGCAGCACAUAACUCCAGGAAUACUAAUGCCGUUGACUUAAGCAAAUUUUUUUAAUAAGAAAAGAAAAUCUUUAACCUGAUCAGAACUCCUCCAAACCAAUUAGUGUGUAAUGCCAAAAGGCAAGCCUAAUCUGUUGUCCAGCUUUACCGAAUGAUCUGAAAAAGCCUGCGAAAAGCCUAAAGUCUCUGAACCAAAUUCAGUUAGAGGUUGGAUCUUCUUUUUACUGAUAUAAACUAAGUUUUGAAUUAAAAGUUGGUGUUAAAAAUGGCACAGUAAGCUGAUCAGCUGCAACAUCCUCCUUACUGUAGCUACCAGUCACUCUGUCCCAAAGAGGUCUCCAUUGACUCUAUGAUAAAAAACAUAGGGACUCAGCUGUGAUUGAAGGUCCCUAGACUGGGCAGAACUUGUUUUAUCAUUCAUUAUUGCAAAGCUCACCAACUUGGAAAAAUUAUAUGAUGGGUUGACUUUGCUGUGAUUCGUGACAGCUCACAGAUGACUAGUAUUGGAAUGGCCCUCUGAAUUUGAAGAGGGUCCACCGAUCACACAGCUGGUAAAGCCCUUUUUGCCUCUUUUCUAUUCACGGUUCCAGCAUGGCAUGAUUCCUCUUC